CUCCCCCUUCGUUCCUUGCCGCUCUCGAGGUGAGCUACGUAUCCCUCCCGACCAUUCCACGCUUCCUAAUUCCAACCUACUCCUCGAGAUGACCGAUUCUUACACUUCUACCGGCAACGGCGAUGCCUCCUACACGCCAAACGGGUCCAGCAAGAUGAAUGGCUCCAGCCCGUCUUUGCCACCAGCGUCGACUGAAGCUGGCACGUCACCCAUCAUCCGCAAGAAGCUGAUGGGUUUCGUCGGGUUUGCCAACCUCCCUAACCAGGUGCACAGGAAGAGCGUGCGCAAGGGCUUCCAGUUCACGGUCAUGGUCGUCGGAGAGUCGGGUCUUGGAAAGUCGACGCUCAUAAACACCCUGUUCAACACAACACUGUAUCCUCCGAAGGAGAACCUUCCUCCAAGUGCCGAACGCCCGUCCACUGUCGCGAUUGAGAGCAUUAGCGCCGACAUCGAAGAAAGCGGUGUUCGCCUUCGCCUCACUGUGGUUGAUACGCCUGGUUUCGGUGACUUCGUCAACAACGACGACAGCUGGAAGCCCAUUAUCGAGAACAUCGAGUCGCGUUUUGACUCGUAUCUGGAGCAGGAGAACCGUGUGAAUCGCCAGAAGAUCGUGGACAAUCGAAUUCACGCGUGUCUUUAUUUCAUUCAGCCGACAGGCCAUUCCCUCAAGCCAAUUGAUGUUGAAUGUAUGCGUCAACUGCAUACUAAGGUCAACUUGAUCCCCAUCAUCGCAAAGGCGGAUACCCUGACCGACGAGGAAGUCGCUGAGUUCAAGGCCAGAAUCCUUGCUGACAUCGCCUACCACAACAUCCACAUCUUCCAAGCACCGCCUUACGAAAACGAGGAUGAGGAGGCCCUUGCAGAGGCAGAAGAAAUCGCUAGCAAGAUUCCCUUCGCUGUUGUCGGCUCCGACAAGGUGGUAACAACACCUGAUGGACGCCAAGUGCGCGGUCGUGCCUACCCUUGGGGUGUCGUUGAGGUCGACAACGAGGACCACUGCGAUUUCGUGAAGUUGCGGCAAAUGCUUGUCCGAACGUACAUGGAGGAACUCAGGGAGCACACUAACAACGUCCUGUACGAGAACUGGCGUACGGAGAAGCUUAUCAGCAUGGGCGUCGUACAGGACUCGAGUGUCUUCAAGGAAGUCAACCCUGCAAUCAGGAUACAGGAAGAACGCAUCAUGCACGAGGCCAAACUCGCCAAGAUGGAGGCCGAAAUGAAGAUGGUGUUCCAACAGAAGGUGCAGGAGAAAGAAGCGAAGCUCAAGCAGUCGGAAGAAGAGCUAUACGCCCGGCAUCGCGAGAUGAAGGAAGCGCUGGAGAAGCAGCGGUUGGACUUGGAGGACAAGAAACGGCGGAUCGAGAAUGGCCGCCCAUUGACUCCGGAAAAGACCACUCAGACCAAACGGAGACCAUUCAAUAUGGGCCGUCCGUAGACGAUGAUCUGGCCUGUGUUUCACCUGGAUACCACCCUCGUUCCUGCCGCUUGACUUACCUGUCGCUGACCGCCCUGCUGGUUGUGUUUGCUCCGGCCUAUCCGGGUCGCC